GGAAUCUUCCACUCUGAACUCUAAUUAACCUCUGGUUAUGUUAUCAAUAAUUGAAAAUAGGAUCAUUUUGGCACUACCCAUCCUUUCCCUCGCUUGAUUUCGAAGCUGCGUGGACGUGUUUACAGAUAGAGCUAAAUAAAUUUGUAUUAGACUGCAAUUUCUCAACACUGAAAAAUGUAAGUAGAUCUAGAGUUUUUUACUUUAAUCUUUUAAAUAAACCCUUCUAAUAUAGUUAUGUAUUUAAACCUGCACGGAAUUAGUGUUUUAAAACCUGUUAUACUAUCCACGUGACCAGGUCAUGUGAUUAAUACAAAAUGGCGGAUUGGUAAAAGGAAAAUACUUUGAUGUUUUCAGACAGCAAAUUUAUGUCUAAUUGGGAGAGCAUUGUUCGCCAUGUUAUGUCUCACACUUUGUCCCAGGAAGUUGCCCUAGAAUGCAACUGGGUUGGAAAAGGCUCGAAAAAACCAUUCGAAAAACUUAGCUAUAGACUUACAAAAGUCAUAUUAGAUGCUGUAAGAGGAAGAAGACAGGGGUCUACUAAUAAUGAAAUCGAGAAGACAAUGAAGGAGUGCCUAAGAUAUGCCAAGGAUAGGGAAGGCGGGCGGAGGAAGAGAUUGACUAAAAUGUUGCAACAACAAAGAGAAGAAAAUGAAAAUGAUAUGUGAACAACAUUUAGUAAUAAAUUGUAGUAAUUAGUAUAUAUAUAUUUUGUUCUUUUAUGAAAACAAGGCAUUGGGCCAACAAAGGGCCAAUGUUUAUUGUAGGAAACCAGUCAGUGGGCCAACGGGGGGCCAACAAGAAGAAGGGAAACCAGUUGUUGGGCCAACAGAGGGCCAACAAUAGGAAGGAAAACCAGUCAUUGGGCCAAUGGAGGGCCAACGAUAAGAGUAGGAAAGCAGUCGUUGGGCCAACCAUAUACCAACCGUUGGCCCAACGUUGCCCCAAUUAGCAAAUUGACAUUGGGCCAACGCUGGCAUUAUGUGUUGGGCCAACAAAGCAAAUGUAAUU